UAGUCUUGAUUCCGGUCAGCUUUCAAGACGAGAUCUUGUGUAGUGACCAGUGAUCAAGUGUCAACGUAAACAUAGUAGAACUAUAUUUUAUAGUUAGUAGGUACUCCGUACCUACUAAUUCCAUGGUUACUUACAUAAGUUAGUUUCAUUAGAACAAAAGAAAGUUGUCUAGUCGACAGUGGUCGUUUGUAACGAAACACUUUAGCUUUCACUGUACCUACCUUAAUUUAUUGCUUGUAGUAUUGUAUACAAGUUUUAUUAAACGAUUGGCCUCAUGUACGAACAUAUUUUUUGUCAUCAGACAUGGGGAUCGGGAGGAAGGUUUUGGGCAGCUCUGUACUUACAUUAGGGCGCCAUUCCAAAUUAUGUAUCAAGUUUUUGCCAUCAUUACAAAAAAAAUUGGGCAUUGAUGAGUGGAAUGUUUGUUUUUGACAUUAAGAGAUCGUAAGUAAUGGCAACACUUGAUUACACUUGACAGUGUCAGUAAGUUUGUUGAAGUAAAAAUUAACCUCAAAAUAGUUGUUAACCUCAAAUGUUGCGAUCGUAAAUCGUACUUGCAUUGCAAACUGCAUUCCACAGAACGUUUUUUUUUUCAUAUAUUGUUUUAUGUGAUCACAAUAAACAUACAUAAUUAUCCAUAUAGGAAGCACCCUUAAAGUUUGUUAAAUUACCUAGAAAUUCACGUGUUUAUAAUGAAUUCACCGGUAUCUGCUUUUGCUGUUUACAAUAACGAUAAGAAAACGAAGAAACAAGAUAAGAAGAAGCCACCAAAAAAUGUUUCCUCACCAAAAUUAUCUAAAGAAUUAUCAAACGAUGUUAUGAAAAAACUAGCUCAAAAAGUCAAACAAAAGAAAGGUAAAGAUAACAAAAAUAUUGCAAAGAAGAAGCUUCAUAAGAAGAAAAAGAAAGAAAUUGUCCAACGCAGUGGAAACUUGAUUAAAGAAUUAACAAGGAAACAUAGCAUUUCUGAAAGUGAUGAUGUUCCAGCAUUAAUAAGUCUAGCUUCUGAACCUAAAUGUGUUGAAGAAAAUGAGCAUUGCUCAGAUAAUGUCAGUUUCGAGUUCACCCCUGUGGAAACAGAUAGUGUUGAAGACGGCCUGAAAAUCUUCAAGUGGAUGAUAGCACCAUAUGACCCAAAUGUUUUCCUGAACCGUGUUUGGGAAAAGAAACCUCUCCAUAUAGCUAGAAAUAAGUCAAAGUAUUAUCGAGAAUUAAUUUCAACACCUAUCAUUGAUAAGAUGCUACGUAAUGACAAUAUCCAAUUUACAAAAAAUAUUGACAUCACUUCUUAUGUUGAUGGUAAGAGAGAGACCCAUAAUCCAGAGGGAAGAGCCCAUCCUUACAUUGUUUGGGAUUAUUAUAUGAAUGGAUGCAGUAUUCGACUUUUAAAUCCUCAAACAUACAUGCAGAAACUCCAUUUGUUAAAUGCUACACUUCAGGAGUUUUUCAAUUCAUUUGUUGGUGCCAAUGCAUACUUAACACCACCGGACAGCCAAGGAUUUGCCCCACAUUAUGAUGACAUUGAAGCUUUUAUCUUGCAAUCUGAAGGUAAAAAACAUUGGAGAGUAUACAAACCUAGAACCGAUGAGGAAGUGUUACCAAGAGUAUCAUCAAAAAAUUUUGACCAAGAUGAAAUAGGGGAGCCAAUUUUAGAGGUGACUUUGGAAGCUGGAGAUAUGCUGUACCUCCCUAGAGGAUAUAUUCAUCAAGGAGUGACUAUAGAAGGAGAACAUUCGCUUCAUGUAACAGUCAGUAUGUAUCAAAAGCACUCUUGGGCAGAUUUAUUUGAAAAAAUGAUUCCGGCGGCUCUACAACUUGCAAUAACUGAGAAUGUUGAUUUCCGGAAAGGAUUACCUUUCGAUAUUUAUGAUAACUUUGGUCUAGUCAAUUCAGAUGUGAACACACCUCGGAGGAAAGAAAUUGAGGUUCUUGUGAAAUCACUUUUUGAUAAAAUUAAAGAAAAAUUACCAAUUGAUGAAGCUGUUGAUCAGAUGAAUAAAAAUUACCAACAUGAUGCAUUGCCACCCGUGUUGAGCGAUCUAGAAAAGGCUGUCACUGUUUAUAGUGACAAUGAUGUUGUAAUGAAAGAUGGUAGAGUUAUAAAUAGAGUUGAAAUAGGGCUUGAUACAAAAAUACGAUUGUUACGCAAGAAUAUAUUGAGAAUGGUUUCUGAAGACCGUAUACGAUUGUACUACUAUGUUGAGAAUUCUUUAGAAUAUCAUGGAAGUGAGUUGCCUUACCUUGAAAUAGAAGAGGAAUGUGCACCAGCGAUAGAAACCUUGAUAACUUCAUACCCCCAAUAUGUGUCUGUGGAGAAUCUAGAGGCCCCAAAUGAUUCAGAUAAACUACAAAUAGCCGAAGCCUUAUGGUCCAGAGGACUGAUUAUGUCAGAGUACCCAUUAGAAACUGUAGAUGAUGAUUAAGAAUAAAUGUUAAUGAACUGUUUGUAAAA